AUGGCUGGUACGAUUAUGCCACUUACGCUGUUUUCUCGAUCUCCCCGCUCAGGCAAAACAAGGUAUUUGUCCGGCAGUAGAAGCUUGUGGGCCAUAAUACCGCCACAAAAGGUUUGUUACUUAAUCGAAAACAUAGAUAGCAUUAGCUUCAUUAGUUUCCAACUACAACAGGCUAUAAACGUAGGCACGAAACAACAUUUUGAAUUUUCAAAACAAAAUAUUAAUUUAAAAUUGCGUGCCCCAAUUUCCAGAGCGGUUUCUAAAGCAUCACCAAUUCUUGAAGAUAUUUACGAACAAAAGGACCUGGAGUUCGUUCUGGUUGACCUGCUAAACCACGCCGGACGCUAUCACGACUUUACUUGCGUAGCUGUUAUAUGUGAUGCUAUUUAUUACAACGUCUUCGACGGCGCAUUCUUUAAAAGGAUUGAUACUGUGCCUUUUGUUAUGAUUGUGGUAGAAGAAUACGACGACUUACUAUCACCCAACUUUGAUAUCCUGGAAGCAUUGAGAGAAGCUAGAAGAGAUGGUUGCAAUAUGUAUAUAAUAUUGCUAGCUAAUGGUCUUCAAGCAGCUAGACUUCUAAAAUUUGGCGACAGGCACAGAGUCUUAGAUACAAGAGCUAAAUACAUAAUUUUACAUGACUACAGACUUUUUCACAGCGACCUACACUACCUUUGGAAAAGAAUAGUUAACGUAAUAUUUCUUAAGCACCACCGGAAGAUCGGCAGUGUCGCGAAAAGCCAAGCUUGGUUUGAUCUUUCAACGGUUCCAUUUCCAAAUCCAAUUAAGGGUGUGUUCGUGCCCCGUCGCGUUGAUCUCUGGAAGAGUGGGAAGUUUCACUACAACACAGUUCCGUUCGCCGAUAAGACUAGUAACUUGAACGAUGAAGUUCUGCACGUAGUUUAUUUGGACCACGUGCCUUCUGUUGUUGUUGUGAACAGUAAUGAAACUGGUCAAAUUGGGGGCGUGGAAAUAGAGAUAAUAAACACAUUAUCUGAAAAAAUGAAUUUUAGACCAAAAUUAUACCAGCCAAUGAAUGUCGAACUUCAUAAAUGGGGCCAAAAGCAACCCAACGGCUCCUUCUCUGGUCUCCUCGGAGAAAUGGUUAAUGGGAGGGCCGAUUUAGCACUGGGGAACUUGCAAUACACCCCAUACCAUUUGGAGUUGAUUGACCUUAGCAUACCGUACACGUCGCAGUGCUGGACUUUUCUCACGCCCGAAGCUUUGACUGAUAAUUCUUGGAAAACUCUUCUUUUGCCUUUUAAACUUUACAUGUGGAUUGCUGUACUAUUAGUACUGUUAAUAACAGGUACUAUAUUCUAUGGAUUAGCGAGAUAUCAAACUUAUUUACACGGACUAAAACGCCAAGAGGAAAAUGAAAAAGCCGAUUCGAAACCUGUCGGACUUUACCUGUUUGGCGAAAUAAUCAACAGCAUUCUGUAUACGUAUGGGAUGUUGCUCGUCGUGUCAUUACCGAAACUGCCAACAGGCUGGUCUAUUCGAUUCCUGACUGGCUGGUAUUGGUUGUACUGUAUAUUACUGGUGGUUUCGUACCGAGCAAGCAUGACCGCUAUCCUGGCUAACCCAGCGCCAAGAGUGACGAUCGACACGUUAGUCGAAUUGGCCGCCAGUAAACUUACUUGUGGAGGUUGGGGAAUCGAAACUAAGAAUUUUUUUCAAGAUUCCUUGGAUGAAAUUGGUCAAAAAAUUUCUGACAGAUUCGAAAUUAGUAACGACCCUAAUAUUGCGGCUGAUAAAGUCGCUCAGGGUACAUUUGCGUAUUAUGACAAUAAAAACUUCCUAAAAUACAUCACCGUUAGAAGACAAAAUGGUUUUAUUAUGGAAACUAUUGAUAACACAACUAAUUUUACCAGCAUUAGCACUAAAAGCAACAAUGAGAGAAAUCUCCAUAUCAUGUCUGAUUGCGUUGUGAACAUACCUAUCUCAAUUGGAUUUCACAAGAAUUCUCCACUUAAGCCCUUAACUGAUAUAUACAUCACGAGAAUAGUUGAGGUUGGUUUGGUUGAAAAGUGGCUGAAUGAUGCCAUGUACACAAUCAAAACUUUAGAAACAAACGAGGAGGAGAUCAAAGCUUUAAUGAACUUGAAGAAGCUUUAUGGAGCCUUCAUCGCAUUAGCCAUCGGCUACUUCUUGAGCGUGAUGUGCCUAAUUGGAGAGCUGGCCCACUGGAAUUGUGUUGUGAAGAAAGACCCAAACUAUGACAAAUAUGCUUUACACAAAUAUUAUGAGAAAAUAAACAAAAAGCAGUAGUUUGAAAAGAAAAUGUAUUGACAUUAUUUACAAAAUUACAUUAAGUUACAUGAUUUUUAAGAGCAUUACAUAAUAAAUAGUUAUUCAGUCAAAACAUAGUCUUUUGUUCUAAAAUUUCUGAAAAAACCUUACCUAUAUCUUUUUAUAAUUAUUAUUAUUGGUUAACUUAAGUAUAGUAUCUUGAGAACAGUAUGUAAUUAAUAGCUAUAUAAUUUUGUGACAAUGAUCUUAUUAGUAAAAUUUUCUAAACAACAUAAGAUGUUAUUUUUGCUCAGCAUUCAUUAAUGGUGGAUGAGCACCUUCAGGAGCAUUCUCUAUAAUCCACGGGUGUUUUAAGACAUUUGAUAGUGGCAACCUCUCUUCAGGCUCGAUAACUAAAAGUUUUCCCAUUAAAUCUUUGGCUUUUUCAGAAAUAUAUUCGGGAUAUUUAAUUAUGACAUAUCUAAUUUUUCUGUAGGUUUGAUGAGAGUCCUUGGCAUCAAAUGGUGGCAAUCCAACAAGCAGUUCGUAACACAAAACCCCUAAACUCCAAAUAUCUACUGCAUAAUUAUGGGGUUUUCCUUCAAUCAUUUCUGGUGACAGGUAAUCUAAUGUUCCGCACAAUGUCAUCCGUCUUGAUGAGGGCGAGUGGACGGACCAGCCAAAAUCAGCAAUUUUAAGUUCCCAGUUGUGACCAAUCAAUAAAUUUUCCGGUUUUAUAUCACGAUGUAUAACUUUCUUGGUAUGACAAUAAAUAAGGGCCUUCGUCAAAUCACGAAUGUAAAUUGCAGCGGUUUUUUCAUCAAAUCGGCCGCGUUCCUUCAGUAAUUUGUAAAGGGCGCCAUGUUUCGCGUAUUCUAAUAUUAAAUAAAUUCGUUUUUCAUCGUGAAAGUAUCCAUACAUGCGUAAGAUGUUCGGAUGACGUAGUCGACACUGGAUUUCAACUUCACGGCGUACUUGGUGCUCUAUUUCUGAAUCCAAGAUUUGGCUUUUAAAAAGAACCUUCAAUGCGACGACAUAGUGAGAUUCUUUUUCACGGGCUAAGUACACAUUGCCGAAUUUCCCUUUACCGAGCGGUCGUCCUAGAUCGAAGUCCGAUAGUGACCAAGUCUUCUUUUUAUCGUCACGUUUCAAUUCAAGUCUUGAAGAAGUCUGGUCUUUGUUGUCACUGGCGUUUGCUUUUGAACAUAAAGGCCGAGAAGACGGUACGGCUGGGAUUUUGAAACUGUCCGUAGGCAUUUUCGGAAUAUUUAUAUUGCAUUGGCAAGCAGACCGACCCGCAGUCUGCAUACGAUUCUCUUUACAGCCACAUUUCUGAAUAUUCAUCAUCACAAAUUAAAGUUAAUUAUUGAUAUUCAAGUUUCAAAGUUUUGAAUAACGUUUUU